CAUUCCUUUUCGAUAAAAAGAAAAGAAACCAAAGGACCAGAUGCUCUAUUGCUCUUUUCCUGUUCUCUCUUCUUCCAGUCGUUCUUCCGGCUUCUAUCUUUGAUUUCACAGUUCCCAUGUUUCUCUAUCCAAGAUUUUGAAGAAACCUGAGGCUAGGUAUGGAAUUAUCAUUUGCUUCCUUGGUGCACCCCCAAGUGACAAAGAGAGGUUUUGAUGGGAUGAAGACCUCUGCCCUAACACCAAGUGGGGCAAGGAAAUCUUCCACUGGCAAAAUGUUUCCAUGUUUUGCAACAGUAGCAACCCGUCUAACUUCGGAUGGAAUCAAGGACAAUAAGCUGGAUUUAGAAAGGAGGAAACGCCAGCUGUUGACAGCUAUCCAAGACACUCAACGGGGUCUCAUGACAUCUGCAGAUCAACGAUCUACCAUUGAAGAGGCCCUGGUGGGGUUGGAGAGUUACAGUGCCGGGACACCAAUUGAAUUGUUGGAUUUGGAUGGGACAUGGCGUUUGGAGUAUACGUCUGCCCCCGACGUCCUAAUUCUUCUAGAAUCCUCUGCAAGACUCCCUUUCUUCCAGGUUGGUCAGAUUUUUCAGAAAUUUGAAUGCAAAAGUCAGUCUAAUGGAGGUAUUGUCCGAAAUAUUGUUCGAUGGAGUAUUCCAAACUUACUAGAGGAUGAAGACGGUGCUACUCUGCUCGUUUCUGCUAAGUUUUCUGUUGUUUCUUGGCGUAGCAUUUACCUCCAGUUCGAAGAGAUAGCUGUUCAGGAUAUAGACACCAGCAAGUUGCAAGUUCUGAUAGCUCCAGCUAUAUUGCCACGCUCGUUUCUCAGUCUACAGAUCUUGCAGUUUAUCCAAUCUUUCAAAGCUCAAGUUCCAGUGAGAAGCCAAGGGAGGCAGACAGUGGGUGGACUAUAUUACCUCUCAUAUCUAGAUGGCAAUAUGCUUUUGGGUCGUGCGGAUAGAGGUGGAGCCUUUGUGUUCACUAGAACUCGACCUUUUGUUGUCUAACGGGAAAACAUUCAAUAGCCUAUACUGAAAAUGACUGUCGAAAUUGUUCAGAAUAGAAUCCUCCAAUAUUGCAACCGAACAUUCUCUCUGUGCAUACCUGCUACAUGACGCACUUAUGAUCAACACAAUGUACUGCAGCCAAGAGAUCAAAAAUGAAAUCUAUAUCUGCCGCUAAAUUUGCUUUA